AGAGAGAGAACGAGAGAGAGACGUGUGAGGAAAGAGAGGAGGAGGAGAAGAUAGAGAGGGCAGGAGGGAGGGGGCAUCGGCGUAUGCUUGUACACAACUACCCCUGAUUUCCAUUUUUUCCCUAACUCGUAAUGUAUUUAAUUCAAGUGAAACGUAAUCAUGACGUGUGUUGUCAUUAAUCUCCUCGCCGCCUCUCCCGAGACUGUUGGAGGUGGUCAGACAGAUUGCCACCUUCAGAACACACCCUCUUUAAGUCAAGGAAGUGAAACAUGGCAUAGACACAUCAACAAGUAUGGAUUCCCCACCAGAGAGUAUGCUGGCUCUUUCCUUUGAGCCCCCAUUGUUUCCUCCCUCCAUGCCGUCCCUGGACCACAGUCCCCAAUUCCUACCCCAGAGUCCUCAAUCUACCCCUUCUAGCCCUCAAACUGAACUCUAUGCCCCAGUCUCACCUUGUCCCCUUCCAGAGGCCAGCCUCCAAGAUGAAGAGGAAGAUGAGGAGCUGUCGAUACCCCCUUCACCCACCCCAGCGGUGACGCUGUUUCCUGGUGAAUUGGAGCUUGGUAGUUCCUCAUCAGACAGCAGCCCCCCAGCCACACCAUUAACACCUUUUCCUGGUUUUGGAGCUCUGGAACAGGCAAUCUCCUCUGGUCAAAGUACCACCUGUGAUGAUGAGUUGGAUCUUCAGCUUUUCAACAAUGAAGGCAUGGCUGUCCCAGGAGGAACAAGCUCUGGGCCUGGCCUAAGGUUCCCAUGCCAUGUGUGUGGAAAGAGGUUCCGCUUCCAGAGUAUUUUGUCUCUGCAUGCUCGAGCACACAGUUUAGACAGGGAGCGUCGAGCUUCAGCUCCCUACCGAACCACACAUGCUAAACUGCAGCAGAACCAUGUGGGCAACAGUGUAAUCCACAAUCUCAACAACAGAGAGCCUGGUCUGAAACUGAGUCCAUUAUCUGGGUCAUUACAAAAGAGUAUAGAUGAAGACAUGGUUCCAGAGGAACCUCUUCAAACUGCAAGCAGCCCUCAGUUCCUUUUUGAAGGAACCACAGCCCUGACUCCACCUCUAACAGAGGAAGCACCAAUCUCAACCUCCUUCUCUCCACUCAGCCAAGCCCACUUGGAAGACAUCACACCACCCACAGCUGCUUCGUCCUUCCGGUGUCAUGCCUGUAAGGGUAAGUUCCGUACAGCUUCAGAGUUGGCUCGUCAUGUGCGGAUCCUCCACAACCCCUACAAAUGUACAAUGUGUCCCUUCUCAGCCAGUCAGGAGGAAAGCCUGGCUGCCCAUCUGCAGGAGAGCCACCCACCGGAGGAUCCUACCACUGAAACAGUUUUCCCUUCUCCCCCUAUAACAGCACCAGCUGAGACUCCUCCCUCACAAAUACCAGUUGUUCCAGCUUUCAAAUGCGAGACAUGUGGGCAGCGUUUUACUCAGUCCUGGUUUUUGAAGGGUCACAUGCGGAAGCACAAGGACUCAUUGGAUCACAAGUGCCAGGUUUGUGGCCGUGGCUUCAAGGAACCCUGGUUCCUAAAGAAUCAUAUGAAGGUGCAUCUCAACAAACUGGGCCUCAAAGCUGGAUUGGGAAAUCUGGGGCCAGCUGGAAAUGAGCAAUCCAAAGGUCCUGCAAGCACACAAGUGUUGGGGGCCCUGUAUUCUAACUUGCUCCUGGCUCGCAGUAUGACCAGUGGUGGUGGUUCAGGAAGUCGCACAGAAAGGUCAAAUGCCAGUGCAGGCUCAAGCAAAUCCUCUAUAUUGGGUUAUUUGGGCUUACCCAAAGACAACAGCAAUGGAAGUUGCAUGGAGCGCCUUCAGGCAGUGGCACAGGUUGCAGAAAUGGGUAAUGGUGGAGGACGGGGAGGUGAGGCAGCAGACGGAGCGGACCAGGCAGCCAUGUGGCAGCUGGUUGCUCGCAGUCUGGUAGCAGCACAGCACAACCAACAGCAGCAGCGAUCUCAUUCACACCAUGAGCUUCCUUCCUCACGAGGCACAGUCUCUGGGGAAGCCAAGCAGAUGAGGGCCUACCUGGGUGGGUUGGGUUCUAGAGAGGAAUUGGAGGGAUCUAGUCCACCUUGGGAGUGUCCAGAUUGCGGCAAGCUGUUCAGAAGCCUUCAGCAGGUGGUUGCUCAUUCCCGUGUCCAUGUCAAGAAACCACAGAAAGGUCAAAGUCCCCGAGGGGGCAUGUCCAGGGAAGAGGACAUUAUAAACAGAGUGAGUGGAGCUCAGGCAACAGGUGGAGUAGGAGGAGGACAAAGAGCUAGUGACAAUGAAGGAAGGCAGGAGGGAAAGCCAUCAGGAGUCGGGACAGCUGGGAGCUUCCAUUCUGUCAUAUCACAUCUUUCUGGUCAGAAUGGUCUAAGGGGGUCACCCUCUUCCACUUCAUCUCCAAGGGAGCGUGUUCGGGGAACAGGGACAAAGGAUUGCCCCUACUGUGGUAAAGCCUUCCGGUCUUCCCAUCACCUUAAAGUACACCUUCGUGUACACACAGGUGAGAGACCAUACAAAUGCCCACACUGUGAUUAUGCUGGCACCCAGUCUGGCUCUCUCAAGUACCACCUUCAGCGUCAUCAUCGUGAGCAGAGGAACGCUAUGUCAACCACCACUAAUUCCCCAUCACCGAGCCUCCCCACUCUGACUGGCUGUCCUCAUGAUGGCGUGAAAAAGCGCCGUCACUCCUCCAUGUCCCAGUCUUCUUUUGGGAGGGUUCCUGGAGGGGCUCCUUCUUCAAGGCACAGUCAGUCAUGGGCUGCAAGCCCGCCAGAGAAGAAGGAGGGCACUACUGUAUCUGGACGUCACAGAGAGGGAGAUGUGGAGAGUCAGUAUCUCAGUCUGUCUGGGAUGAUGGGUACACUAUUUGCCGGCGGUCUAGAACCAAGUUGGAUUGGAGAGGUGCCACCUCCGAAAAUGCCUAAAGUGUCUCGACGGAAACCCCUUACUACAAGCCGCAUGAUGUCAGCGAAUGGUUACCAUGGGGGGAUGCUGUCCAAUGGGUCCCAGGAAGGAGGCUUUGAACCUCUGGACCUAUCCCGGCGCCCUUUACAAGAUGAAGUGAGUAGUUCUGUAGGUGGACCAUCAGGUAUCUCUAAAGGAGGGAAUGACAUCCUCAAUCAAUGUGUCUUCUGUCCCUUCCGGACCUCUUCUGUUGAGCUUAUGGCCAUGCACCUUCAGGUCAAUCACACCAGCAAGUCUCGUCGCAAGAGAGGAGCCUCUCUCUCAUCCGCCAAUCAUUCUCCAAAAAUAACUUUGACCAGGUCAGACUGCGAUCCGCUGGCUCUGUGGAAGUUCCUCGGUGCAGAGGACGGAGUAACAUCUCCUGAGGAUUGGGUCUCGUCAAAGUCAAGAGCUGAGAAUGGAGUCAGCCCAGAGAACAUGGACACAGAGGAUAGUUUUGAACUGACCCCUGGAACUGUGGGACAUGUCUGUGAGAAGGGACUUAAAAUGAGAGAGGAGCUGGACGAGGAAGAUGAGGAAGUCGAUGAGGAGGAGGAUGACCUGGAAGGAAAUGGGAGCUUUGGAAGUGUACCCCAGAAUCAGAGCAGAAGAGGUGGGUCUGUUUCAUCAGACCUCGCUGCUGAGGAUCUGCCCAAGGAGGAGGAAGGCGUCUUGGGGAAUUAACAUUAGACAAGAACCCUGGAUGAGUUUGGACUAGUGUUGUCAAAAGUACUAACUAGACAGUACUGACUUAGAAUCAAUUUCCCCCUAACAUUUGAGCACUGUUGAGCCAAUUCUUGGCCAUUGAGUUCACACGCUCAACAGAUAUGACUGUGAUUGGCUACAAAGAUCAUCACUGAACACAAUGGCCAAUCAGCACUGCUCAAGAAUCAGCUCAGUAGCUCUCAAAUGUUAACGGGAAAUGGAUGUUUUUAAAAUCUCAGUCCUGAUUGGUAACGAAGACGGAACUUUUGACAACACUAGUUUAGACAUAUUUGGGAAAUAGUUGUCCAGGGUCCCUUGUACAACCCUAUUAGAAAAAAAACAAUUGAACAAAAAAAAAAACAGCUUUUGUGGGUUGGUAUGGCAGAUAGUUUGAGCUGAUUUAAGCUGGUCAUUUGCUUGUCCAAAGCAACUAGCUCCUGCUUGGGACUAGUAUAAACCAGCUCAAACCAGCUGCCGUGCUUCAAAACAUACCUAACCAACAUAUGCUGGUUUUUCAUCUGGGAAUUCAGACCAAGGGCAUACCAUUCGCUAUGCUAACAUACUGUACAGUAUCUAAACAGAUAACCUGCAAAAGUAUUUAAAAAUCAAACAUUCCUCUUAAUAUAUCCUCCGAGCCCCCCUUGGGUAGUGAUCAAUUACCUCUACACACACACACACAGACUCUUAGUCACACAGAGAUAUCCAGUAUUGUAUGCCAGUCCAAGCCUGCCUGUCUCGGGGCCUUCUUGAACACUGUUCUCUUGUUCCUGUCUUCUCGUCAGUGAACACAAUUGCCAAGUUGAAUUUAAUUUACAAUUUCCUUGCUCCUGUGAAUCUUGCUUUCAUCUCAACGGGGAUCUGGAAUGUCAAUCUGGGGAGCUGGAAAAGCAAAAAAGAGACACUGUUCUUAAUCGCUACGAUAUACAGUAUUAAUACUGAGAGAGAUGGACAUCCUACUUCCACGUGAACUUGAUCUGCCUGCACGUCUUCAGCAAACCAAAGGAGUGGGCACACUUCUUACCAUGCACCUGCCAGACUCUGAACAGAAUGCUGUGAUAACUGAACGGUACUUGUGAAUCACCUCUAACAGAACAGGACAAAGUAAAGAGUAUAUUACCAGAUAUCCACACACUGCCAGUCUGCUCAGACGGGUCUUCUUCAGAUAUUAUAUCAUACAGAGAUUCUGCCUCUUCUAUAUGCUAUUUCUUUCAGUGCCUGUUGAUGUAAAAGGUUUUUAGCAGAUUCAGUAACACAGGAAUAUAGUUACAGUGAAUAUAUACAGUAUAUAUGUGUAGUUGUGCUAGAGUGUUCUGUGACAACAUGGUGGCAGUUUGUGUGACUAUGUCAGCUGUGAAUGAAACAAUGAAUGAGCCCAGAGCACCACAUGUGGGAACAUCUGGCCAACUGACAAGGGCCCUAUGGAAGUGUUUAUGUUGCAGAUACCACCAACCAGGAUUUCUGGGUGAAAUCCAGACCACAGAUACUAUGGAAAGAGUAAUUUGAGGAUUGGAAAUUAAUCCCAAUCUAGAAAAUGGAGACUCUGCAAUAUAUCCUUCAUAUUCCUACAAUAUCUCAGAUUCUCAAACCACCCGGGACAGGGUGGAAAGUGGGUCUCUAUUAAAACAUUCAGUAAGCUGCUUUAUUUUGUUUUUUAGACGUGAGUAGACAUAUUGAAAGCUAAAAAAAGAUAAACACACACACACACUAACAAAUUCAGACAUCCCAGUAGAACAUAUGUAGCUUUUGUAAGAUGAGAGAUCAAAAAGAGAGAGAGAAAAAAAGUUGUUUUCCUUUUAAGAAUUGUUAAUGGAAAGGAUAUGGAGAAUAGUAAUAAGUAUUAUAAUAAUUAUGAAAGAAGACUGCUUCAGAAUGUCUUUAUAGCACUGUGCAAAGUUCUUUUCCUUUCUUUUCACCUUUAAAUGCAGACCAAACGUUGUUGUUUUUUCCCCAAACCAUUUCUUCACAAUGCUGCAGAUUGCGUUUAUGCGUUUAUGUAUCAACAAAAACAAUCGUUCGGACACACAAUCAAUGUUAAAGCUUGCCUGAUGAUCUUGAAACUUCAGUGAUUGCUAAUAUAUGUAUAAGCUGAUGCAGAAACGUGUCCAAGACAUGUCCCAGUAUCAGCACUGUCAGUCUGACUGAUCUGCUUGCCAAAUUUGAUUUGAUGUAAUCGUGUCGCAUUUUUGAUGUGAAAUUAGCACAUCUCACAAAUAAUGAUCUAGUUUCCUCGUCCAUCUCUGUGAAAUCAUUUCCAUCGGGUCAUCUCAUUUUUAUCGUUAGACAGAGAGGAGGCGGUACCUUUGUCUGGUGAUUGACAGAGGCUGGCCUUAAUACGUGUGUUAUUGUGUCCUUGUUUCAUGUGUAGAGUAUCUUACGUUUUCGGUUAACCCCUGAUGUGGUGUUCCUUUGAGAUAACAGUCAAGCCACUGUGCCUUCUGUCCUGAGCACUUCCUCAAGUAUUUUGUAAGCUCACCAAAAGCACUUAACCCCUACUGUUUCACUUUGUAUUCUUUGGUAAACCGCUCUGUACGUCUCUGUAUCUGAUCCUCUGUUUUGUAGGGGUCAUUUCCAUAUAACGAGUGUCAUUCCAUCAUUCAUGUGUGCUGUCACAUCUCCCCCCUUUUCUCUUUAACGUAUGCACCACUGAAAGUUACGUACUAUCUAGCUCCGAGGCCUUUUCAGAAGUUACUUUGAUUUCUAUGAUGUUACUUUGAUGCUGAUGAAAUGAAAUCAAGCUCUUCUGCUCAUAAUUAUUAUUAUCAUUGUUCUUUUUGUUUUAUGGAAGAAAAAAAAGAAAAGAAAAAAAACUAAAAAAUGAACAAAAUGUGUGUUUUGAAUGUUGUACAGAUAGAAAUAGAGAUGUUGUGUUUCUAAGGAGAGAUCAAACCGUGAACCUGCUCUCCAUCGCUCCCUGCACAAUUUUAGGACGACCUUACUGUGUACUGGGGUCAGGGCAAUAGUAUUGUUGUGUGUGUGUGUGUGUGUGUGUGUGUGCUCUGAUGUCUUAAAAUGAAUAUUUUGUGAAGAAAUACUGACACUGUGAAAUAAGCAUAAAGUAUUCCCAAACAGUGACAAGGUGACAGCUGCUCAUAAAUUCACUACUUUGGACACGCACUUUUGUUUUGUUUUUUGUUUAGUUUUUUUCAUCAGAAGUGUGUGAAUUCAUAAAUGUUAUCCAGUGAGAGGGGAGAGGUGGGGACGGGGUCUGGUUUGGUCUUUUCAGUAGCUGACUGCUGUCGGUGGCAGAGGAAGGUGAUCUAACAUAGUAGUGACUAAUAUGAAAUUGUGGCUUGAAAAAAAAAGUAGAAAAGAAUCAAUAAAAUAAAAUAGUAAAACAACAAAAAAAGUUUUUCUUGCUGUUUGGUGUGUUUUUGCAUUACAUUUCCUGCUAUAUUUUAUUUGUGUGUAUUUUAAUAAAGCAUGUGCCCGGGGAUAAAUGGUCACCAUCCUGAUAUAUCCAUGCAGGAGGAGACGGGUGUAAGUCCUGGGGCAUUAAAUACUCGUACCCCAGUUUAACAUACAGGGUCACAUCAAGGUUGACUUUGUGAAUAGUCUAACUUUCAAAACACUGGACGGCAAAUAUGGUGUGAGUUUAGGGCGGUACUAAUCGUUUGUUAAAACUGCACUCUUCACCUUUGACUUUGAAAUUAUUUAGGCACUUAGAUUGAAAAAAAAAAAAUUAUA